AUGUAUGUGUCUUAUCGUCAAUCUCUUAUAGUUGGAGAUGUUCAUCAACAACUUAUGAAACAUCAAGAGGAAGAAAUUGUUCAAAACACAGAAUACUUGGCUAAACUUACUGAUAUAAUACUGAUCCUUGUUCGUCAGGGUUUGUCUUUGAGAGGGCACCGGAAAGACGCAUCUUCUAAAAAUAGAGGUAAUUUCUUGGAAAUUGCUCAACUUUUUUGUAAAUAUGAUGACAAAUUUUUACUCCACUUUGAAAAACACAACUACUGCAGCCCAGAUAUCCAGAAUGAAAUAAUUGAAGUGAUAUCGAACCUCACUCUAGAAGAAAUCGUUGAAGAAGCUAAAGCGUUUGGCUUUUUUUCUUUAAGUGUGGACGAGGCCAGAUGCUUUAAAGAGGAACAAUUGUCAAUGACCAUAAGAUAUGCGAACGGUUUAGACAUAGUCGAAAUGUUUAUAGGUUUUACAAAUUGUUCCACCUCCAGAGAUGCGCAAGGACUGGCUAUAUUAAUUUUGGACACAUUAAAUAAACACCAUUUGGGUGAUGUUCCAAUUCUUGCACAUUCUUAUGAUGGUGCUAGCGUCAUGUCUGCAAAGACAUUUUUUAACGGCCUCGAAGCUUUGUAUAUUCACUUCGCACAACCUGGUCAUCAUGCGAGCCUGCAAAAAUUGCAAGGCGCACUCGGAAUCCAUACCAGCCGUGAAACGGGAAGUCUCAGUACUACCAGAUGGAGUUGUCACUACGAAAACUGCCAAGCAGUACUGACAAAUUAUGAGAUUCAAAAUGCCACUCUUGGUCAGGCUAGUCACCUCAUAACAAAUACUAUAGAUACUUUCGAAGCAUGCAGAAAUCAGUUCAAAAUUUGGACAGACAUCGAGCAGUUUUCUGAAAAGCACGAGAUUUCACAUGUACAUGUUAGAGUCUCAAAAAGGAGGCGUCAACAAAAAGAAUUUUAUACGGAGUCGACUGUGAGCAAAAGCAAUACAUUAGAUUUUUCAGCCGAUUCACAACCAGAAGAAUACUGGAAGUUCAACGUUUACUACCAAGUGGUAGAUAAUAUCAUAGUAAAUCUGAAACACCGAUUUGAAAAUCUACCGUUAGCUCGUGCGGUGGACGCAUUUCUUAAAUUGGACAUGAAGAACGGAGAGGAUUUCAUUAGUAAUUAUAAAAAAAAUCUUAAGAAUUGA